AUGUCCAAGGCAAGGGGCGCCGGCGGCGUCGACCAGAUCGUCAAGCUCAUCGUGGGCGCCGGCCAAGCGAGCCCGAGCCCGCCGGUCGGUCCCGCGCUGGGCAGCAAGGGUGUCAAGUCGAUGGACUUUUGCAAGGAGUUCAAUGCCAGAACAGCACACAUCACGCCCGGGACGCCGAUGCCAUGUCGCGUGACCGUCCGACCCGACCGGUCCUUCAUCUUCGACCUCCGCACGCCGCAGACUUCCUGGCUGCUCCUCAACGCAGUUGACGCGCCCAAGAACAAGAAGGGCAACAGGAAGGGCGCCAGCAAACCCGGCCACGAGACGGUCGGCACCAUCAGCCUCAAGCACGUGUACGAGAUUGCCAAGAUCAAGCAGUCAGAACUGCGGCUGUCGGGGCUGUCCCUCGAGGGCCUGUGCCGGUCCAUCAUCUACCAGGCCAAGUCUAUUGGGAUCAACGUUGUGGCAUGA